AUGGCGGGGGCCCGGCAGCUUCGCCUGCUGCUGUGGAAGGACUACCUCAUACGCAAGAGAAAACCGAUAACGUUAGCUGGAAUAGCAUGGGCGACGCUCGUGAUGCUUACUCUCUACGUAGUUAGAAUUAAUAUAGACAAUAAAGAUUACCCCACAUGUCAGUUCGCUGCGCGAGCGCUGCCUAGCGCGGGCAUGCUCACUUUCCUACAAUCUUUCGUAUGUAACGUCAACAAUGAAUGCUCUCUCAUGGACGAAUUUGAAGAAAUACCAGCCUACGAAAAGUCUAGGUUCACGCAACUCCAGCGCCAGCUGUCCCCGCUGCUCAGCAACGCCAGCGUGGUGUCCGCCGCGUCGGCCGCGCCGCACGCGCUGCGCCUGCUCGCCACGCUCGCCGACGUCGCUGACCAUCCCACUUUCGCCCGGAUAACAAAAAAUGGACUGCGAGUUAGUGAUAUUUUUAGAAAUCCGAAAAGAGUGAAGCGACUUCUAGCAAAAGAGUUGGGUAUAUCUCAAGAGGUGUCGAACAGCAUCCUCUCGGCUGAAGUAGGCUUUGAAGGGAUAAUGCAAGGAAAUUUUGACAAAUGUAGCGUUGAGUCGUUAAAAAAGACUAUAAAAGUUGAAAAUGUUGAACAUUUAACGAUUUUCGUAAACAAACUUUGCAAACUCGAAAACAAUAAUGUUCAAAAUCUAGUCAAGGAUUUGUUUCUACAAAUUGAUUUAGGGAGUUACGUGACUAUGGCAGGAGAAAUGUACUCCAAAUUAUCUGGUGACGUCCGAAUAACAAAAAUCGGUAAUAUGUUGGAAGCGGCACUUAAGAUGAUGUCGCUGGAGAGCUUCCUGCCGCCGGAGCUGGCCGCGCUGGCGCGGGGCCGGCGGCCCGAGUUCAGCUACGUUAACUUAACUAUGAUAACUAAAGUAAUGGAUUUAUUGCAACCAACCUUUGGUGAGACGGAUUCAUACAAAUCACUCAGAGAAAUUGUAGACACUGUCGUGAUGGGCUUGCCGUAUUUAAACAAAAUAAUACCCAAAGAAACCGAUGACAGCGAGGAAGAAACGACUGAUGUAGCAGUAACUAAUGGCAGCUUAGAAACAAAUACUGUAGUGAGAAAAGUGUCUCAAUUAUUUAGUAACAUCGGCGAUGUUGUCUCAGAAUUAGGUACCGGUGAUGCUUUCGGGGAUGUAUUUAAUAUAUUAUCGCGCAUAACAAAUUUCAUCUUUAAAUGGUUACCAAACGAAUAUAAAAAUGAUGUAUUAUUCUACUCUACACUUCUGGGCAAAUUAAUACAAAGUGCAGACAGUGUGGUCAAUAUCAACAUGCACUUAGAACAGUUAGCCUACAACGUGUCUCUGAGGAACCCUAAAGGAGUUAAAGUGUUGUUGAGCUUAAAACCACAUGUAAUUGAACAAGGUUUACAAGCUUUGACUGAUGCUGAAAGAACACAGAUUUUAACAUCUAAAUUAGGCGCUCCAGAUGAAAUGUUUUGUGACGCAAAUCGCUUAAAGAACUUUUUCUUGGUGUCAAGAGAAGAAGCCAUAGAUCUAAAGGCCAGCAUGUGUACUGAUGCAUGGAAAAACUAUAUAAACGAUUUAAUUUCAUCUUUUGGUAUAUAUGAUGUUAAAAAUAAUAUAAACAGCAUGGCGUCCCUUUUCAUAUUAAGUACGUUAGGCAAAGACAUCAGUGAUCAAUUGUAUAGUAUCGAUAAAGAUUUCCAAAUAUUAAAGAAUUUCACUAAAAACGUUAAAAUGAUGGAAUUAGAGGAGAAACCAGUCAUCGAUUGGUCGCCGAUGUUUAACACGAUUGAAUAUAACAAGUUAUUGGAACUUUUCAGAAAAAAAUCAUAUUUGGGUAAACAUAUCCUCAUAACGGUACAUGGUUCUUUAGCUAAAGAAGUAGUGUCUCAAAACCCUUUGCUUGAAUAUAAAAUAUCUCCAACUUUAAAAAAUAUACUCACAAUGAUCAUAGCAAUGGACGAGCAGCUGGACGUAGCUCCUAAACAUUUACAAAAGAAGGCAAAACAACUAUAUCCGUCUAUAGUUUUGACAAUUUUAGAUACUGCGAUGGAUGAGGAAAAGAGUUACAAAGCAUUAUCAACCCCGUGCCAAGAUUUGUUUUGUCACGGAGUAGAAAACGCCUCUAUAUAUCUGAACAUCCCUGAAAUUGAUGAUCAAGACAAUUUUAUAGCAACACUUUGUAAUAUAACUGUAGCUAUUGAUGAGGGACUUAAAAAAGACUCUAUUGUUGGGAAGGCGAUAAGAAAAAUAAAAAACACAGUGCAUACUCCUGUAGAAGAAAUGGACUGGACCAAAUUAAUAACAUAUCUGAACACUCUUUAUGAAAAGUUAAACGAAGAUUACACUUAUUUAUUUGAAUACAAAACAUUCGGAAUGGAUAAACAAAUGCAGAACAAAGUAGCUCUAAUGAUGAAAGAAGCGAAGGAAUUCUGGCUUAGUGCUAAAAAUUUGAACAGGAUCAUGCAUAUAUGUGUAAAGUUAGGGCUUCGUUUCUUGGAUCUGCUAGACCGAGGCAUGUUCGAUAUAACAGGAGAUGAGUGGCUGAAACUGAAGCAUGCAUUACUGGUGGCCACCGGACCCAUGCACGUCGCCGACGAUGUCAUACAGCUCAUUGUUGGGUUAGCAAGAAACGAUACUGGUGCUACCGACGUGCCGUUUAAAACAGCACAAGCCAUACAUGACAUUCUGCCGAAUGUACCGCGUUUGGUGGUUGAAAUUGUGGAUGUUAUUGAAAAGGAUAGUACUGAUGUGAACCCAAUAAUAUCCCUCCUGAACGCGGAGAAGCCCUGGCCCUGCGCGGCCGGCCUCGCUGAUCUGCUGCCGCUGAGCGCCGCGGCGCACACCGCGCUCUCUUCGCUAGAGACUCUCUUGUGCUUCGAUGCGGAUAUGAGGGGAGAAUGGACCAAAUAUCUAGAGGAAAGGAAUGCUUCUAUCUUUAAAACGCAAACUUGGAAUACAACGGUUUACCCUGAAAAUGUAUUCCUUAAAUUCUCCGCCGCUUUCGAUUCAUCAAUAAAAGAUUUUGACGCCAUCAAGGACAUUUUAGAAAUAGCUUUUGAUGAAGAUAAUGAAGGUUCAUUUAUUUUUUCCAUAAAACAUAUCGUUAACGUUUUUAAUGGCACUAAUGGAGAUAUUGUUCUGAGAAACUUUUUUUCAAAAGUCGACACAGUCUUAAACUCAAUCAAUACCACCGGCCUGGACUCUGUUCCUCUCCACCACCUCUGGAAAGAGUAUCUAAACUGUACUAAUGAAUGCCAAAUAAUCGGGAGAGUAACUUGGAAGUACACGCUAGAAUACUUUUCCGCUUUCGGAGGAAAUGUGACAGGAGAUCUAUUGAUAUACUUCCAGGAAAGGAAUGAAAAAAAUGCGACAUUUCUACAGUUGUUGGGUUUCACGCGUAACACCGGACUAUUCAUGUUAUAUGACAAGUUUCCAGAUUUCAUCGCUGUGCUCAUCAAUUCCUACACCGAUCUUGGAUUUCUAAAUCAAUUGCGUCGUGCGUCUUAUACUUAUUUUUGGGAUUGUGAUGAAGUGGUGAUGGCCUUAAAGCCUGCGCCCGACAGUCCUAUCGAUGCCGCAGCCAUCCAGCACGUGCAGCCAUUUGUGUGUCCGUCUUUGUUGCACUGGAUCUCCAUGCCGAGGGGAGACAAUAGUCUCAUUGAUGUUUUUACCAAACCGCAAUACCUUUUCUUUACUUUAAAUGUAGCUAAUUUGUCAAGUACUUACGUGAAUACUUACACAAAUAUCAAGGAAUUGGUCACUUUAUUAAAUGACGUAUCGAAUAAAAAUAAUACAGAAUCAUCACAAGGCUUAGACCUAGACACUAUGAAAGCUAAACUAGAAAAUUCAAUUGAUACUUUAAUAUCAUUCAAAAUUAAAGACACUGAUAAAUCUUACCAAUUAUUCAACAAGGAAACUAGAAAUCAUUUUACAGCGACUAUUUAUUUAACAAGAGUGGUAACAAUUAUAAGUAAAUUAGUUACAGAGUUGGAUACUUUAAAGAUAUAUGAUACAGGUGAUGAAGUUACAAAAAAUUUGGAAGAAGAGUUAUCAACGAUACGAAAAACAUUUAAAAGAAGGCCUUCGGAAGCGAUUGCAUUUCAUUUCGAUCUUAUAACUGAUGUCUUAGCAACUAAUAAUAAGGAACAUAAAAUGGUGGAUGCACUGAAAGACGUCUGUGAACGUUCAAAGAACAAGGAUAACUCAAAAGAUAUUUUAUCUGAAAUGGAUAGGGUUAAAAUUCAAAUUUGUGCAAAACAGUAUGAAAUUUUGUAUAGUUCCGUACAGCAUGUAUUAGACGAAGAUUUCGAUAGUGCUAGUAAUAGUUUGAAGAAUCUUGUUCAAACACUUGAAUCGGAGAAUGAACGUGAUUCUGAUGUAUUCAUGUUUUUUAAAAAAAGGCAGAACAUGGUGGACAGUUUGAAAACAUCUCUAAAGUAUUCCUAUGACCUCGGCAUACCGAUAUAUGUUAAAUAUUUACAAAACAAUUUGAAACACUACGACAUUAUAUUGAGUUUUCUAACGGGAGGGGAUUGGUGGGGACAACUGAGACAGCUGUAUAGUGGUCCUAAAGCGACUAACUUCUUUGAUACGAUAGAGAAAAGUUUUGAUAUCGCCGAAGAUGUUUUCACACAUUUGGAUAGAAUACACCUGGUCCGUCUCCUCCGAGAUAUAAACAUGAACAACACAGAGGAUCUUUGUCGACCAAACAUUACGUUAUCAGACUACGUGCCCGAUUCCAGCGGCGAGCUCUCUGCGCUACAUCGGCAGAUAUGCGAUAUUGAUCAUACUGAAUUGUUUAAAGAAAUACCACCAUUAAUGUUUGCUUCACAGGGCUACAAUAACGAUCUUAAAAUGUCCCGCGACAUUGAUUAUGAAGUACUAUACGGUGACAUCGCGCACACUGAAUCUGCUUUAGAUCUUAUUAGAGAAGGCCCACAUUCCCCGACGAGACCUUCAUGGGUUACUGAAGAAAAGGUGCAAAUGUUUAGAAACGUUGUUCUACAGCUUUUAUCUAAGGAGUCACUUAUAAAAAUAUCUUUUGGUGUCGUCAGUAACUUCGUAGACGCUGGAACUCUGCUCAUUAAUAACAGUGAUUGCACGCUGUGCUCGCAACUGACGAGCUGGUUCAAGCAGCUCCACCUGCAGCUGUUCAAGAAGCAGGAGUACGAUGCGCUGCUGUGCUCGCUGGACGAGCAUUCCGCCUCUUCUGUACAUAACGCUCUGACUAACGACUUUCAUUGGGACAUGGCUGUUAGCGAGAUAAUAUCGACCCGCAACUACACCAAGUACGAGCUGAACAAGUCUCUGAACGAGCUGUUGGAACAGAUCAAGCUACACCUGCUGGAGGACGUCAGCGCGCCCUCCACCAAGCUGUUCGACUGUCUCGCGGCCAAUGUCUCUGGGAAUGCUUUUGGCCAUGCCUCCCUAUUCGCUAAAGUCGCCGCUCGUACAACGAGACUCUUAAGAAUACAGCUUCCUUACCUCCAAGAAGUACCCGGUAUCACCAACCUGCCGUACUUAAAGCAGCUGCAAGCGAAUAUAGCUCAUACUCUCAAUGCCAGAGAUAAUUUGUCCACUUAUCUUGUAAACUCUGAAGAAAUGAUACAGGACCUCGUUAAAAUAGUAAAUGAUAAAGACUUGGUGAAUAAAAUCGAAGGUGCCAUGAUUAACUUAUAUUUGAUAAAAGACCUGCAAUCAAUAAAUGAUUGUAUCUCAGUACAAGACCACUCGUGGGAUGAAAUUUGUAAAGACCACAAUUGCGAGGAUAUUAUGAGAAUAAUGUCGAAACAUAUCAAUAUGACACUAGUGGGUGUCAAUCUUCCCAAAGUUCAAACCAAAGAGUUCUGGCAGUUCAACUUUGUGUCCACUAUACUGAAGCACGUGGAGGCGAUAGUGGAGCACAUCGCGCGGCUGCUGGGCGUGCUCAGCCGCGUGGACGCGCGCGGGGUGCGCGGCGCGCGACUGGCGGCGCUGCUGGACACCGGCCUGCAGCUCAUGAUGGACGAUGUCUUGGAUAGUGUCCUUUAUAGUGUAUUAGGAUUAUUGGAGGAGUUAAAGCCAAUAGUGCGCGGCACUGCUCUCGAGUUCGACGUGACGGCGGUGACAGAUGGCUUGCAGAUAAUAAGACAGUUCAAAAACUGCCUCAUUGAUGAAGAUUUUAAAUUAAAUGUGUCGCAGAUAUUCUCAAACCCAAAUAGAUUAGAAGCUUCUCUAAGCAGUUUGGGUGUCAACAACACAAACUUCUGGUCCAUCGCCGCACCAAGAAUCCACGCCGGAUACAUCGCUAUUAAACCUCUUUUCACUCAAAAACAAGGCAUAUACCACAUCAGCGACUUCGUCUGCCAAACUGACAACAUGUCGAAGGUCAUAAUUCCUGGAGGAGGAGCAGCCGGCGUGACCGUGGACGACGUUUACGGCGCCGUGAUGGAGCAGUUCUGCGGUAUCACCGACGAACAGGCCAAGGCUGUCGUACUGAUACUGUUGGAGAAUGUGGACUUUGAUUUUGUCAUUGAGAAGCUUAAAUCACUUUUGUUAACAAAGCUUUUCGUAGCGUCAAAUCUUACUCAAUCAGAGGGUGAUACGGUUUUAUCUGAAUUCAACAAUAUGGCUGCCAUUUUACCAGAAUUGCAAGGAAGUCUGAGCAAUGUCUCUGAGAGUUUGUCAAAAGAACCACUGCUAUUGAGGUUGAAGAAGAGCACGUCUUUUGGGGAUAUGUUGGCAUCAUCAGAUUUCCUGAAGGAGGCGGGCACGAUGCUGUGCGGGAAGCCCUUCUACUCCGACGUGGGCCGUUUCUACACCGCCAUAGCGCGCACUAAGGACUUCUCCACCGAGCCCGACCGCAAGCAGCUCGACGCCUUGCCUACUGAGUUCUGCCGUUCUUUAUACAAAGACAUAAUAGCGAUGGACGGCGGGAAGGUAUUGUGGAGCUUCAUCAAACCACUGCUGCUCGGCAAGAUCCUCUACACACCGGUUAAUCCUAUCGUGCAGAAGAUUAUUGAACAGGCAAAUUCAACAUUCACGCCAACAGUGAAAGUAGUCAACUUAGUUCACUCUUUCGCCGAGUCCUUCUCUUCAGUGGAUAAGUUGACAGAACACAAGAGUGGCUUGGACGCAUUGAUGAAUAUAAUGACGUCACCGCAGUAUGCAGAAAUAAGGAAAAGUUUGAUCGGCGACGUGCAAGCACCUAAUAUCGAUGUUGAUGAAGUUGUCGCUGGUCUUGGGGAUACUCAGUCGCUGGGCGCGCUGGUGCGGCGCGCGUCGCGGCUGCUGCGCUGCGUGAGCCUCGACCGCUUCCGGCCGGCGCGCGACGAGCGCGCGCUCGCGCUGGGCGCCGCGCGCCUCGCCGCCGUCAACGAGUUCUCCGCUGGUUUGGUUUUCCUAAACAUGAGUGAAAAUGAAAGUGAAAUUCCUUUAAACAUGGAAUACAAAAUACGAAUGGACAUCAACAGCGUGCCGACAACUAAAAGACUGAAAACUUACCUGUGGACGCCGGGCCCGGAGUCGAGUUUCUUAGAAAACAUGAGAUAUUUCCGCGGCUUCGUCCAGAUACAAGAUAUGAUAAACAAGGCCAUUAUACAGCUGUCCCCAGACACUUCUAGAAACAUCCAGAAGCGGGAGGCAAGUGUUACAGAUGACGACUGGGCGGUCUACACGCAACAAGUGCCUUAUCCCUGCUAUAGGAAAGACCUUUUCCAGACUUCCCUGUACGAGUCUCAGUCUCUAAUUGUGGCGUUCUUCUUCUCGCUGCUGUUCACGGUAUCUUCUGCGGUGCGCUUCAUAGUGGAAGACAAGGAAUCAGGAAACACCAUGCUGAUGUCGGUGAUGGGCGUGCGGCUGCGCUACCACACGCUGGCGUGGGCGGCGUGGACGCUGCUGGAGCUGGGCGUGACGGCGGGCGCCGUGGUGGGCGUGCUGAGCGCGGGCGGCGUGCUGCCGCGCUCCGAUCCCUCGCUGCUCUAUGUACUGCUCCUCAUCUUCAGCUUCUCCGUGAUUGCUUUCUGCUACAUGAUGUCGACGCUGUGCUCGUCGGCGUCGUCCGGCGCGGUGGCGAGCGGCAUCGCCUAUCUCAUCACCUUCAUGCCCAUCGUACUCAUCCUCUCCCUCGAGACGGCACUCAACAGCCCCCUCAAGAUAUUUAUUUGCCUAUCCAUGUCGUCCUCCCUGUGCUACGCGUUCCUGUUCGUGACGCGGCUGGAGGCGAUGGGCGUGGGCGCGGGCUGGGCCCAGCUGUGGGACUCGCCGGGCGGAGACGGGGACAUGAGCAUCGCUACGGCCGCUGCCAUGAUGCUGGUCGAUGCAUGUAUUUACAUCGCUAUUGGAUGUGUGAUUAAUUAUUUUUAUGGUAUCAAAAGCGAGAGCAACAUCACAGUGUGCCCCGCCUCAGGCGAGAAGGCGGGGGUGAGCGUGGUGGGCGUCACCAAGAUAUACGACGAGGGCUCACGCACGGCCAAGCUCGCGCUCGACAACGUGUCCAUGGAGCUGCACAAGGGGCAGAUCACCACCCUGCUGGGGCACAAUGGCGCUGGCAAGACCACGCUUAUAAAAAUCCUGACGGGCAUGCUGAAGCCCACCAAGGGCCACGUGGUAGUGCGCACGGAGGACAGCGAGGGCGAGGGCGGGGGCGCGCGGCUCGGCGUGUGCCCGCAGCGCGACGUGCUGUUCGAGUACAUGUCAGCGCACGAGCACAUCGCGCUCUACGCGCAGCUCAAGAGCGGGAAGAGCCUGGCCGAGGUGCAGGAUGAAGUGGACAGCAUCAGCCGGGCGCUGGGGCUGGGCGCGCUGGGCGCGCGCGCGGUGGCGCGGCUGUCGGGCGGCACGCGGCGGCGCCUGUGCGUGGCGCUGGCCUUCGUGGCGCGCCCCGCGCUCGUGUCGCUGGACGAGCCCACCGCCGGCGUCGACCCCGCCGCCAGGAGAGAUAUCUGGUCACUGAUAAUGAAGUUGCGCGAGAACAGGACGAUCCUGAUGACCACGCACCUCCUCGACGAGGCGGAACUGCUCAGCGACCAGAUCAUCAUCAUGCACAAGGGACAAAUCCACACAACCGGCUCUCCAAUAGAAAUCAAACGGUCCUUAGGCACUGGUUACAAACUAACCGUCAUGUAUCCGGAUAAAAAGCUCAAUCAUCUAGAAGCAGCUGAUGAUGAAGAAGUAUCCAUAGAAGAGAAGACGAAGAACUUGUUGGCGGUGACCAGAAGUGUAGUGAAGAACGCCAAUGUAAUGGAUGUGAACGAUUCAGAGGUGGAAAUCAAUUUGCCAUUCUAUGAUGCUGAUGGAGUCAGUAACAAUUUCUUGGAGCUGACCCUGGCGCUGGAGCAGCACCGCGACGCGCUCGCCUACCGCAGCCUGAGCCUGGACUGCAGCAGCCUGGAGCAGGUGUUUCAUGCGAUCUGCCAACAGCAAGAGAACGGGGAUUCCCCCGAAGUAUCGUCGAUCCCGGAAUCAACGUCCAAGAGCGCGUCGACGUCCAGCUUGCCCGCCGACGUUGCGCCGCUGGUGGAGCGCGACGGCCCGCUCAAGGGCUCGCUGCGGCAACAGUUCGCGGCCUUGAUGUACGCGAGAUACCUGCACUAUAUAAGAAACAAAUGGCUGCUGUUCCUGGUGCUGGCGCUGCCAUCCCUGUUCCUGGUGGCGGCGAUGGGCUUCUCCACCAUCCGCCCGCCCGCCGACAACGAGGUGCCGCUGCUGCUGCACGCCGGCUUGUACGAAAACUCCACACAGUUCAUUGUGUCCCAUCCAUCAACAUACGCGGACGACGUAGACUCUAGUUUUGCCCAACAGAUCCUGGAUGAUCUGCGAUAUAACACACAGUCCAGAAAUUUAUCUAGCGAGGAUUCAGUAACAUGUCAGUGCGUAGAGUCCAUACAGCACUGCGACAUCGACGAGGCGAGGGCGCCGCGCCGGCCGCCGCUGAUGGUGGCGCCCGACGUGCGCGCGCUCAACCGCUGGCUCGUCGACUCGGAACAGUUUUAUAGGGAGAAGAGAUACAUAGGGUACAGUGCGGUGGCGCGGGCGCCGGGCGCGCGGCUGGUGGCGUGGUACAACAACAAGGGGCACCACGCGCUGCCGGCGGCGCUGGGCGCGCUGCACGCCGCGGCGCUGCGCGCGCGCCGCCCCGCCGCCGCGCUCGCCGUCUACUCGCACCCGCUCAAGAUAUCCAAGGAGGACCUCAACAAGGACACCGUGUACCAGCACAUCGCGGACGCGGGCAUCUCGGGCAUGGUGCUGGUGGCGUACGCGCUGGCGGGCGCGGGCGGCGCGCUGUACGCGGUGGCGGCGCGGCGCGGCGCGCGCGUGCGCCUCGCGCUGCUGGCGGGCGCGCCGCCCGCCGCGCUCUGCGCCGCCGCGCUGCUCUGGGACCUCAUGAUAAUCUUCAUCAACAUGGUGAUCACGGCGAUAGUGCUGGAGGUGUUCCACUUCCCGGUGUUCGUGGCGCGCAACAACCUGCCCGCCAUCUGCAUACUCAUCAUGCUCUACGGCUACGCGUGCGCGAACCUGGUGCACGUGGCGGAGAAGGCGUUUCGCGAGGCGAGCCUGGCCAGCAUGCUGCUGUUCUGCGGCAACGCCUUCGCCGGCCUCGCUGGCAUCGCGGCGCUGAUCGUGCUCGACGUCAUCUCCGACUCCGACGCAACGGACCACGCGCGGUGGGUGCUGCACAAGAUCUUGCUCCUCAGUCCGCAGUUCGCGCUCGGGGACGGCUUGCUCGAGAUCGCCAAAAAUACUAUACAAGCUGAGGUUCUUAGUCAAUUCGCUAUGGACACCUACCGUGACCCGUUGUCAGAGAACGUGGUGGGCUACCACUACGCCGCGCUCGUGCUAGUCGGCACUUUGCUGUUGGCACUCAACUUGGCCAUCGAAUAUGAUUGCUUUGAAUUUAUAUUAAGCAGAUGUCGUCGCGGUCCGCCAGAGGAGGCCGAGGGGGCGGAGGAGGAGGCGCCGGACGUGCGCGCGGAGGAGCGCCGCGUGCGCGCCACGCUGCGCCCGCUGCGCCCGCUGCGCCCGCUGCGCCUGCACACCAUCGGCAACAUUAACGCUGGGUUCGUAGACACAGAGGACAUGAUGAAGAAAGGUUCGCUGUCGCUGUCGCGGGCGGAGAAGGAGAGGGAGCGGGAGCGGGAGCGGGAGCUGGAGGGCGCGGGCGCAGACGCGUGCGCCGCGCUGCGCCUGCGCCGCGCCUACGGGCCGCACGUGGCGCUGCACGCGCUCACGCUGGGCGUGCCGCCCGGACAGUGCACGGCGCUGCUGGGCGAGAACGGCGCGGGCAAGUCCACGACGUUCGCGCUGCUCACCGGCCAACUGCGGCCCUCCGCCGGCCACGUGCUGCUGCGCGGCCGCCGUGCCGCCCCAAGGGACCUCUGCCAGGGACACAUCAGUUACUGUCCACAAACUGACGCCGUGGAUCCGAUGAUGACGGUGGAAGAAACUUUAAUAUACUUCUGCAUGUUGCGGGGUAUUGAUAAUAGGGAAGAGACGGUGCGGCGCACGCUGCAGGCGCUGGGGCUGCGGCAUUUCGCGCGCGUGCGCUGCGCCGCGCUCAGCGGCGGCAACCGCCGCAAGCUGUGCGCCGCCGCCGCGCUCAUGUCGCGCGCGCCGCUCGUGCUGCUCGACGAGCCCACCAGG